AUGUCACUUCCAACGCGCGACGAACGCAUCCAGGUCGAUACAAGCAGCGACGACGACUCCCACUUCGACACGCAGUCUGUCGUUGACUCGAGUCUCUCUCUCGCCUCCUCGGUCCGUGACUACACCUACGAGAAUGGCCGGCGCUAUCACGCCUACCGACACGGGCAAUACCCCAUGCCGAACGACGAAGAAGAGCAAGACCGGCUGAUGCUACUACACCACCUCUUCCGCCUGAUAAUAGGCGGUAAUCUCUUCCGCGCCCCGAUCGCCCAAUCCCGCAUCACCGGCACCGCCAACAACACACGCCAACGCAUCCUCGACCUAGGCACAGGCACAGGCAGCUGGGUCCUCGAUAUGGCUGAGGACUUCCCCCAAGCCGAAAUCAUAGGCGUAGACCUCAGCCCGAUUCAGCCGCACUGGGCACCGCCCAAUUGUAGGUUCUUCGUGGACGACAUCGAAAGUGACUGGACGUUUCGGCCGGAGGAGGCAUUUGAUUUUAUCCACGCACGCAGUUUGGCGGGCGGGAUUGCCGAUUGGGAUCGCAUGUUGCAGCAGGCGUUUGCGCAUGUCAAGCCUGGUGGGUGGGUGGAGAUUCAGGAGUGCGAACCGUUUAUUGUUUCUGAUGAUGCGACGCAUGAGUUGGCCGUUGUCACACAGGAAUGGCAUCGGAAGCUGCGGGGAGCGUCGAGGCAGUUUGGGAAGGCGUUGGAUGUUGUUUCGAGUAUUGGGUGGAGGAUGCAGAGGGCUGGGUUUGUUAAUGUUAUUGAUGAUGUUUAUAAGUGUCCCAUCGGUACAUGGCCGAAAAACAGACGCCUCAAGGAAAUAGGCCAGGUCGGGAAAUUCGCCCUCCUUGAAUCCAUCGAGCCGUACUCGCUGGCCCUCUUCACGCGGAUCCUGGGAUACACAUAUGAGGAGGCCAAUGAGACCUUGAACAGAGCUCGCGCGGAGCUGCUCAAUAAUAAUUCCCUGCAUCUCUACGUGCAGGUCCAUUAUGUAUACGGGCAGCGGCCGAGGAGCGGAUGA